AUGUAUCUGAGCUUGCUUGGGAGGUUGGAUGUCUUGAUCUCGCAGGGAGGUGACCCCGAGGACGUUGCGGCGGUCAAGGCCCUGAUGAGGAGUUAUCAGUAUGAUAGGUACGCCUCCCUUGUAAAAGAGAGGGAUCAUGGGUCUUACCACUCGUCCGAUCCUUAUCUCAGCUGCAAGAGGAAGGAAGGUACCAAGACCAUCUCUGGUCUGCGGGGCACCGACGGGAUCCUCGAGGAGUCUCCUCCCGGGAUUCUGAAGGUGGUUAGCGACUACUAUAUUGAGCUCCUCGGUAAGGGCAGACCCCGAUGUGCUGAGGCGGGAACAUCCCGUGGGAGAGAGGUGGAGGACUUCUUAAGCAAGCUUACACUCCCUGAGUAUAGCGACCUCCCUUUUGACGAGUUGCUUAGCGAGAUCACCAUAGAAGAGGUCACAGAGAGUAUCCAACAGCAGAACAAGUGUAAUUCGCCAGGUCCUGAUGGUCUGACGGCUGAAUUUUACCAACAGUUCUGA